AUGGCUCAAGUGUCUUUUGAGGUUUCUACGGGAAAAGAAAAAUUGGAUGUUGAGUGUGUAAAAUUAUUUCUUGUUUUUGAAGAAGAGAUUGAAAAUAAAAUUCUCGAAUUAGAGAACGCACAGGAACAAAAUGACAUUCACAAUAAAUGUGAAGAGAUAAAUAAAUAUUUACAAGAACAUAAAUAUAGUCAUAAUGAAUGUUAUCAAGAUCCAUUCAGAAGCUAUGUCAAAGAUAUUGAAAACGAAGCGAACAUCUUAUUAUCAGAAUCUAGCAAAUAUUCUCAAUAUUGUAAGUGUUUGACAUCUAAGGAUGAAGAAUGUACUAAACCAAAAGGUAUAGCAGAGGAAUUAGGGAAAGAAAAUGGAAAUCCUUUAUCAGAAGAACUUCCUGCAAACAAAUCCAAUCAAACAGCAUCAAGUUGCAAUAUUAAAUCAUGUGAAGACACAUCUUCAGAAUAUAAAGCCUUACCCGAUGCAAAACAAACAAAUAUCCAUGAACAUUCAACACACAGUGCAAAAAUUACAUCAGAACCCCCAGAAGAAACAACCGUAGUAGUUGACCACCCUAUUGUGUCUACUGUGUCUGAAUUUGAAAAGGAACAUUCUAAUAUAAAAGAAGAAAAAGAUUGUUCUUCGAAAGGCUUAUCUUCUUCAAUCCAUUCCACAACUGAAGGAAGUGAAUCUCAUCCUAGCAUCACUUCUUCAAAAACGAAUGUUUUGCAUACUUCCAAUUCUACGGUUACUUCUGAAGCCUAUAUUACAGGUAUAAGAAAUACUAAUUUUGGUAAAUCACUCAGCCAUUAUAAAAAUGGUCAUUGUGAACUUAAUAAAAAUAAAGUUUCUAAAGAUAGCGAUGAAAACAUGAUUACCAUUCAUCUUCUUGAUUGUAAAUCUGAAGAUGCUGAAUAUAUUAUUUCAGAAGAUAAUAAUCAUGAGGUUAAUGACAUCACUGCAAAUAGUCAAAUUAGCCAUCAUACUGAUACUUCUCUUCCUAACCCCCCUAAUAAAGGAGUUAUAAAAUCUCAAAAAGUAACCUCCACUGAGAGGCAUCAACUCUCUGAAGAAAUGAAAAUUAAUGAUCAGUUACAAUCCUCUGGAUUAAAUUUUCUAGAAAAAAAGGAAGAAGAAGAUACAGGAGUAUUAAGUAAUCGUGGAUCGUCAAAUCAUGAUACAUCAAAUAAACAUGCACAAGGGGAUCAAACAGAUCAUACUUCUCACGAGGAAGCUACAAAAAAUGAAAUAAGUAAUGAAAACAUUUUAAAUAAAGAUUCAGAUUCAAAAGAAGAACAAGAUAUUAUAGAUAUAGAACAUACUGUAAUUAGUACACCACCUGAAGAACCUCCCCUAAGAAUGUAUAUCACAAUUAUUGCAAUUAUAUUGGGAGGAAUUCUAUUCUUUGCUUUUCUUUUAAAAGUAAAAAUAAAUCUUUUAUAUUGA